AUGAGCAAGGUCAACAAAGUCCUGGCGUGGGUGGCGCUUCUGGCGCUGCUCUGCACGGCCACCAUCAUCGCGGCGGGCAUCUGGUUCGCGUCGGCGCAGGCGGGGGAGUGCGCGCGGCUAGAGCGCUGGCGCGUGGUCAUCCUCGGCGUGGUCGCCCUGGUGGUGGCGCUGGCGGGGUUCGUCGGCGCCUACUGGAACAACCGCUUCCUCCUCCGCUGCUACCUCCUCUUCAUGGCGGCGCUCAUCGCCGUCCUCAUCGCGCUUCUCGUCUUCGCCUCCGUCGUAACCCACGCCUCCGGGGAAUACAAGGUGCUCGGCCGCGGCUACCACGAGUACCGCCUCGACGGCUUCUCCACCUGGAUGCGCGGGUACGUCUCCGGCGACCCCGCGCGCUGGGAGGGGAUCAUGUCCUGCCUCGCCGACUCCGACACCUGCAAGAAGCUCGCGCGCCAGGCAGGCUUCGUCACCGCCGACCAGUUCUACCAGUCCAGCCUCACGCCACUCCAGUCCGGCUGCUGCAAGCCGCCGCCGGAGUGCGGGUUCGGCUACGUGAGCCCUACGGUGUGGACGAACCCGACCAGCGCCCCCGUCCAGGACUGCGGGCUCUGGAGCAACGACCCGGCGCAGCUGUGCUACCAGUGCGACUCGUGCCGCGCUGCUCUCCUGGCGACGCUGCGUAGCCAGUGGCACAAGGUCUACGUCGCCCUCAUCGUCGCCACCGCCGCGCUCUCCAUCCUCUACGUCGUCGCUUGGACCGCUUAUCGGAACGUUAGCGGCAAGCCCAUCUUCGGCCGCUACUACAAGUGGUGA